AUGUCCGGCGAAGCAGGCGAAGAAGAACAAAAGUCUGUCCCACCGGCCGAGCCCGUACCACCCCCGCCCUCCGAGCUCGACAGCAACGAAGCUACAGGUGCUUCCGGAAAUCAGGGGCAUUCAGCCGCCGGAGCAGCAGCAGGUGCAGCAGCAGGUGCACAAGGUGCAACAACAGCUCAUCAGCAGCCGCCUAUUAUCUACACAAUGGCCUCCCCUUAUAUCGUUUUCCCCGGUGGCGGCUACACCGCCCAAACUACCACCACUUUCUUCCACGCUCCUCCUCCGCCUCCACCUCCCCCUCCGCCGCCGCCGCCGAUGCCGAUCCUAACCAACACCGUCACUACCACGACCUACCUAACGGGCGGCUUUGCACCCCAGCCACCUCCUCCGCCGCCGCCGCCGCCCGGCCCCAUCACUUAUUACCCGGUUCCGGCUCAGCAGGUCCAGCUGGCUCCGCAGGUGGUCAACGGAUACGCGUACAUGCCCGGUGGAACGGUGUUGCCGAAUAGCAGUGUUGUGGGAGCUGCGCCGGCUCCGGCUCCGGGUGCGCCACCGAUGGUUAUUUGUGUUGCUCCCUAG